AUGAUGGAGCUGCUACGCCUGCGCCGAUGGCGGCUUCAAUUUGCCAAUGAUGGGCUCCGCAUGGCGAUUGCGAUGCCAGUGGCGAGGUCGGGAGUUCGUCGUCACUGCGAGAACCGAUGGCGCUCCACGGCCCGCGCUUGGUCAGGUUCGCGCGGCGCUUCCUCGACAGGUUGCCGCGCGGCGCGCUGUCCUGAGAUCCUCGGUGAAGGACGUCAGGCGGGUCUUCAGAAACUCGUCUCCAGCCUCGAGCUCGAGCGCCGCCAGGACGUGCCGUGCUCGCUGCGGCGCGGUGGCGCGACGUUGCACUACCGGCGCUUCAACAACACGCGCCGCGCGUUCAUCAUGGGCUUGUGGCAGGACGCAAAGGAGGUGGGGCUCUACAUCUCUGGCGGGCUGCAGAGCGUGCUGCAGAACGCGCGCGGCCCGGUGGAGCUGGAUCGCUUCCGCCGCCUGGCGGCGGCCCUCGAUCAUGAUCUGUUUUGA